AUGUUUCUUCAGGACACCAGCAUCCGCAUGAUGGCUUGGACAACACGUGGCUGUCUUCAAGGACAUGUGGGUACUGAUAUCUGGAUUCUGGCUAGUGAAUGUGGCCAAGUUGCAUUUUCGCUCCCCAUCACACCGAAUGGAGCGAUCGGUUGGGCUCUGUAUUCCUCACCCUUGAUGCCUGAAUAUUCGCGCAAGAUUUCGCACGCCUGGACAUCGCUGCACUGGACGCAUGAACAAGACACUACUGGAGGCCAGAGCAGCCUUGCUGAGCGAAUUGUGGCUGAACAAAGCAGUAUUAUCUCAUUUCGUUCCUGA